GUGAAUAUGCUAAAUUUAGUUUUUCACUUCGAGGGAUGCGGACAGCCUUAUAACUUCUGAAUGCUUUCUUCAAAAAAACUUCUGAAUGCUUAUGUUUGUAUGGUUUGGGAUGUUUUCUUUUGGACUGAAAUUUGCUGGUCUGGUCUGGUCUGAUCUGAUCUAGUCUGGUAUGAUAAACGUCUAGUCUCUGUGUAUUUUAUAACUACGGAAGUCUGGUAUGGUCUGGUCUGAUCUGGUCUGGUUUGAGACUGAAAACAGUCCAAAAGAAAACAUCCUUACGCCGUAUGGUCCAUGGAGUAUGUUGGGCCACGAAAAACUUAUUAAAUAAAGGUGUGGCCCAUGAAUAGAGAUAGAAGCUUAAGAAAUGCAAAUUCAAGGAACAGAUAACAAUAAGAAGCUUGGAGCUAAAGAAGUGGAGCAAAGUGAUAUAGUCAAAGAGCUAACUCCCUAUUCCUACAAAAUAGGAGUCGAACAUGCCGGGCAGUUAGAUGAUGGAUUAGAAUGAGAUGAAUUUACUUGUAUAAAUAGAAUAAAAGGUCGAACAUAAGGGGACUACGGGUAAUUCCACUUCCAUAGCUGUGAUAUUUGAUAUUGAUCUAGAUUUUGUUUUAAUUGUUGUGCUUUACAUGUAAAGUGUUGGCACUUCCCACUUCAAUGAUUAUUAAUAGAUUGAUCCCCGAUUAUCAAUAGAGAUAUUUAGGAACAAAGCUCUCAAGUUCACAUUCAAUUGCUAUCGAUAUAUCUAUACUAUUUUAUUUCUUGUACGUAGCCCAACACAUCCUUUUCAUUUAUUUGCUUUUUUAGAAAUUAGCGCAAAAAUUGCUAAAACAAUUUGGCGCCGUCUGUGGGAAAUCGUGCAAGAAAAAGAUCACAUAUGGAAGGAGCAAAUCAAUUGUUGAUUGAAUUCCAUGAGCAAUUAGAGAUGGUCCGAGAUGAAAUCCGGCGCGAGAUGGCGGAGAAGAUGGCUCAUCUCCAACGGGAAAACGAUAUGCUUCGAUCUCAGGUGCAAUUGGCGGUAUCAAUAGCCUCAAAGUCAAGACUCAACCGGAGGAGUGACACAAUGACUGCCGCAACACGGCUGGAUAUUUGUUUCUCCCCAGCUGCGACGGAUCCACCUGCAACAGUGACGGAUCCUGUCUCCCUCACGCUAGAGCCGUCAAUUCCUCAUUACAGGAGCAGAACUUAUGGGGAGCCUGGUCCAUCAAGUUUCAUGCAGUACGCCAGACGGAAUGAGCCUAGUGUAUCAUUUCUAGAGCCUCUGACGGAACGCUUUGGCAGACCUGUCACGACAUCAGCGUCGACGCUUCCAGAGCGACGCCCCGAAGUGAAUUUCAUCCCAUCACCAACCCGUCCUGAAGUCAUCCAUAUGGUAGGACCAACGUCUUCUAUCCCAAUACCAAUCCACCCAGCCGUAGCAGAUCAGAUGUCCAUGUUAAUGGAGCAAGUGCGUCAUAUGCAGGACAAGAUCAACGGAUUGCUAGGGGUACCCCCGCCCUUGGAAAGAGCGUCACGAACGUGUUAUGAAGAUUCACCUUUUGACGCUUCGAUCAUUCGUGUCCAACUGCCGAAUAAAUUUGACGUACCAAUCAUGGAGCCAUUUGACGGAACCACGGAUCCUGGAGAACAUGUCGCGCGAUAUAAGCAAGUGAUGUCGACCGUCUCCGUUAGACCGGGACAAAGAGAGGCAUGUAUGUGUCGAGGAUUCGGCAUAACAUUGAUCGGUCCCGAUUUGACAUGGUUUGUCAAUCUUCUGAAUGGAAGCGUCGGUUCAUUUGCCGAACUCGUCAAUCUUUUCAAUCGACAGUUCGCGAGUAGUAAGGUAUUGGAAAGACGGACCAGUGACUUGUAUCAAGUCACACAGAGGCAUGGUGAAUCACUUAGAGAUUAUUUGCACAGAUUCAACGUAAGGAAGGUGUUGAUCCCAAAAUGUGACGUCUCUACCGUCAUUGAAGCAUUCCGAAAAGGUUUAUAUGAAGAUUCAGAGCUAUACCGAGAGCUGACGAAAUACCCUUGUCGAUCCUUCGAAGAUGUCCAAACAAAGGCGUUGGCUUUCAUCCGUCUAGAAGAAGACUUACGAUCCCGUCUUGGACAUGUUGAGCAUGAAUGGGGGCACAUCAUCCGAUGAUAGACAGAUUCUAAAGAGCUGCAAUACGGUAACCCUUAAAAGUUGUUUCAUUUUUAGUUUGUUACUUUCUUUCGCAUAUUGUCAUCAAUUCCAUGACGAGUCACUUCUGUGACGGAUCGCUUUCGUGACGAAUCACUUUGAUGACGAAUCACUUUGAUGAUGCAUCACUUUCUUGACGAGUCACUUCCGUGACAAGUCACUUCUGUGACGAAUCACUUUCGUGACGAGUCGCUUCCGUGACGAAUCACCUUCAUGACGAGUCAUUUCCGCGACGAGUCACUUUCGUGAUAAGUCACUUCGGUGAUGAAACAAUUGAAAUCGUCAGACGGGGGGCAUAUCGUCCUACGGUAGACAUGUUAUGGCGAUAACUUAUCUAGAUUGGUAUACAUAUUCUUAAUAUCUAUUUUUCAUUUAUCUAUAAAUGAGGUCACUAACUUAAUCGUCGGAGGGCCGUUGGCUUAAGGCAAACGACCGAACCUAAUGACGUUUUGAAUUCAGAAGACUAAACAACGCGUCAGGUAAAGCGGAGCACCACCAGUAAGUUACUUUGAUACUUCACAUUUCUUUGUAAGUUUAGAAACCAACGACGUAGCAAGUGCAACGAAUCUGUCAAGGCGUCAUAAUGAAAGUUGACAAUGUCAACCUAUAUGUCUGUUUGAAGCUUUGUCUCAUUUACUGACUUGAUCCUGGGCAGAACAUUGACUUUAAUCUCAAACAACUUGUCUGAUUAUUUAAAUUGAAUUUAAUAAGCUCUUGAUUCGUUUAAAAAGUGUUCUAUAGCUAUCUUGUUUAAGGAAGUUGUGACGUACUGAGUGUAAGGUUUAUAUCCCUUCCUAAAGAUUGGUUUAUCACUUUACUGACUUAACCAUUGGAGGGCCGUUGGCCCAAAGCCAACGGCCAGCUUUGACGGUUUGUAAUGAGUGCAGGACUAUCUUAAGACAAGCAAUUGUGGGGCAAUUCGCGAAGGCAAGAAAGCGUCAAUCACGCUUUUACCAACUGGGCACUAUACAUAGACAUCAAAAUGGGAAAGGGCUGGGCUGCCCAUGAGAAUAUCUCAUGGAUCACAGUCCCAGCUGGCCCUUGCGACAUAUAUACUUUGGCCAAAACCUACACACGUAUAUGACGACGCACGUACAACCAAAACAUAUAUGACAACACACGUGCAACCAAAACAUAUAUGACAACAUGCGUACAACAAAAAAAUACAGAACUACACAACAGAAACACAUGCUCCAACAUAAGGAGAUAGUGCAAACGACAAACGUAACGCUAUUUAAAGUUUUUGCAGGAUAUGAGUCAAGUUCACACAAUCCAACUCGUCAUCUGGACGAAGUUUCAACUCGUCAGCACUACCUAAAUUUGGAGGAAGAGCAUAGGAGAUCAACCUUCGUUCUUCGUUGCUUCAGUCAACGAGACGGAUUCAAUCAAAAACUACUUGCAAAGAAGGUGACAAGUUGACGGAAGCGUCUUAUCUGAGGAUUGACGGGUUGAAGAAAGCGUUUCGUCAAAUGAGUGACAAGUUGAUAGAAGCGUCUUGACGAGUUGACGAAAGCGUCCAGACGGGUGACAGAUUGACGACAUGUCUUGUCAAAAUGAUGACGAGCUGAUAUGUGCAAUAAUAAGGAUGACAGGAGACCAACCUUCGUUCUGCAUCACCCCACUCAAGGAGACAAAUUCGAUCUAAAAACUACUUGCAAGGAAAGUGACAUGUUGAUAGAAGCGUCCAGACAGGCAAGUGACGAGAUGAAGGAAACAUGUCAUCAGAAAAAUGAUGAGUUGACAAGUGUCUUGUUUUCAAGGAUGACGUCUCAUCAGACAAAUGACGAGUUUAUAAGAGCAGUAUUCAAGGAUGACGUGUGUAGAUGUUUUCAAGAUUUCGACAAGUUGACGCUUAACGGUUUGACAUGUGCGUCCAUACGCCUCAACUUCUCGAAAGGGGGCAAUUGUUGGGCCACGAAAAACUUAUUAAAUAAAGGUGUGGCCCAUGAAUAGAGAUAGAAGCUUAAGAAAUGCAAAUUCAAGGAACGGAUAACAAUAAGAAGCUUGGAGCUAACGAAGUGGAGCAAAGUGAUAUAGUCAAAGAGCUAACUCCCUAUUCCUACAAAAUAGGAGUCGAACAUGCCGGGCAGUUAGAUGAUGGAUUAGAAUGAGAUGAAUUUACUUGUAUAAAUAGAAUAAAAGGUCGAACAUAAG